AUGCUCCCCCUCCUCAGAAAACCAACCCACAAAAGAAGAAGGAACAUCAACAAGACGCUUAACACUCUUACAAACUCAGUCAAUAACCUUGAGAACAUUGCAAGACAACUCCCCAAAAAAACCUACGCCUCUGCUACGACAAACAACAAACCUACGACAAACAACAAGCCUACCACAGACAAUAGCACGCAAGGACUUAUAGACGCACAACUUAACUAUGCUCCCCCUCCUCAGAAAACCAACCCACAAAAGAAGAAGGAUGCCAUUAAAAGAGCUGCUACUGAGAAGAAGAUAGCAAUUAAAGCUCAACGACUUAUCCUUGUUGAGGACUACCUUCAACCAUUUGGAAACCUACAACCACUCACUCUCAGAAACACAAUUAGCAAAGCCUUCAAAGCUCGUUUCAACGUCGACCCUGUAAUUAGUACAAUCUCCAGAUCACAAAGCAACAACAUCCUCCUUACAGCAGCAGAAGAAUAUAAUGCUAAAUUCCUCCUCGACCGAAUUGAAGUUAUCAAGGAGGUACUUAAAUUCAAAAAUUCUCUUCAACCCACAAAAGAAGAAGGAUGCCAUUAAAAGAGCUGCUACUGAGAAGAAGAUAGCAAUUAAAGCUCAACGACUUAUCCUUGUUGAGAACUACCUUCAACCAUUUGGAAACCUACAACCACUCACUCUCAGAAACACAAUUAACAAAGCUUUCAAAGCUCGUUUCAACGUCGACCCUGUAAUUAGUACAAUCUCCAGAUCACAAAGCAACAACAUCGUCCUUACAGCAGCAGAAGAAUAUAAUGCUAAAUUCCUCCUCGACCGAAUUGAAGUCAUCAAGGAGGUACUUGAAUUCAAAGAAGCAAGAGUAGACACUACGAGAUACCAAGUAGUAGUCCACGGCAUUCCAAUCAGAGAAUUUAACUCACCCGCAGGCCUUGUACAACUCAAAGAUGAGAUUCUCACUUUUAACAAGGGCCUUAACCUACAAAUCGAAGAAACCCCUCACUGGCUCACUUCUAAAGACAAAAGGGACAGCGGCCUACAACACCAAGGAUCAAUCGUUGUAGCUUUCAAGGAAGAAAGCCAAGCAAAUCGAGCUCAGAGAAACAGACUCAACCUUGCAGGGAUCAGCGCCAGAGUAG